UCAAAUUCAAAACAUUAGGUACCUAUUUUUGCAAAAAUAUUUUUUAUAAUCUAACAAUGGAUCUAUCGCAUAAAAUCUUUGAGCCUUUAGGCCGAUUUUGGCGUACUAAUAUGUAAGGGUUGAAUAAAUUAAUUUCAUAUCCCUAUUAUUUUUAACCUCAAAUAAAUUAUAUUAUCGUUAAGAAGUUACAAUUUAUUAAAGAAAGUUUAAUCAAACCAAAAGAAGCAAUGAGAAUCCCUAAAUCAUUAAGUCCUCGGAUUCAAAAGCAAUUAAUUUUUCUAACUCAAAUUACCAAGAUGUUUUAUAAUUUCAGAAAACGUUUUGGUGUGUAUGAUAAAGUAUUACCUGUUGAAACAACACCAAGUAGACUAGUUCCUGAUCAUAUUGUUAAGCCUGACUAUGUAACUAAUAAAUUAGUUUUCGUAACCAAGAAACCUGAAAUUAAAGAUGAGGAUCAAAUAAAAGGAAUGAGAUGUAGUUGUACAUUAGCAUCAAAUAUUUUAAAGAAAAUACAUCCAUUUAUACAGCCAGGUGUAACAACAGAUGAAAUAGAUGAAUUAGUUCAUACAUUGAGCAUAGAGGCUGGAGCAUACCCAUCACCAUUACAUUACAAAGGAUUCCCAAAGAGUGUGUGUACAUCAGUGAACAAUGUUGCAGUCCAUGGCAUACCUGAUCUCCGACCUUUAAAGAAUGGUGAUAUAGUCAACGUUGACAUUACUGUUUUCUUAAACGGAUAUCAUGGAGAUUGUUCAAAAACAUUUCUAGUAGGUGAUGUUGAUGAUCAAGGCUUACAUCUCGUCCAUGCCACUGAAGAAUGCCUUAUGCAGGCUAUAAGUAUAUGUGGACCAGAUGUACCUUUCUGUGAUAUUGGUAUGAGGAUUCAUAGGGUUGCCAAGAAAAAUAAGCUCACAGUAUUACCAGCAUUUGUGGGACAUGGCAUUGGAAAGUAUUUUCAUGGCCCGCCUGAUAUCUAUCACACAAUAAAUCAUUAUCCUGGAUUGAUGAAACCAGGGAUGACAUUCACAAUAGAACCUGUGCUGUCUCAUGGCAAAGAAAACACAGUUAUGUUAGACGAUGGCUGGACUGUAGUCACUGAAGAUGGGUCUAGAGCAGCCCAAGAGGAACAUACUGUGCUUGUUACUAAAGAUGGAACUGAAAUCCUAACAAAGUAGCAAAUAUAGAACUGCUUAUUCUAAAAUAAACUGAUUUAUAAGAAAAAAAAAAACAAUAAAUUAUUUCAUUAUCAAUUA